CGCCCGCCGCGGCUGAUGCCGCUGCCGGCCGCCCGCGGGGUGGCUGAGGCGGGUGGAGGGGCUGGGGCUGGGGCUGGGGCUGGGGCUGGGGGAGGCGGCGGGCGGCUCCCGGCCAUGUGGCGGCCAGGGGUGCGCGGGCUCCUGGGCCGGGCGUGCCUGCUGCUCCUGCCGCCCUGUGCCCUGGUGCUGGUGGCGGUGCCCGGCUCCGCGUCCCACCCGCAGCCCUGCCAGAUUCUGCGGCGCAUCGGGCACACCGUCAGGGUGGGGGCUACCCACCUGCAGCCCCGCUCCGCCGCUUGGCCCGUGGAGGCGGCGGGCUGGAGGAGGGCGAGAGGCAGCCCCGAAGGGGUGAUCGCCGCGGGGCCCCGGAGCAGGUGGCCGGGGGGCGGCGGGGAGCUGCGGCUGCCCCCCUCGCCGCGGGACGCGCUGCUGCUGGCUGUGGCGAACCUCAACAGAGUGGCCGGGCUGCUCCCCUACAACCUGUCCCUGGAGGUGGUGAUGGCUAUCGAGGCGGGGCUGGGCGACCUGCCCUUCUUCCCCUUCUCUUCCCCCAGUGCCUCCUGGAGCAACGACCCCCUCUCCUUCCUGCAGAGCCUCUGCCACACAGUGGUGGUGCAGGGGGUCUCCGCCAUCCUCGCCUUCCCGCAAAGCCGCGGGGAGAUGCUGGAGCUGGACUUCAUCUCGGCGGCGCUGCGCAUUCCCGUGGUCAGCAUCGUGCUGAGCGAGUUCCACCGGCGGAGUCCGAAUCCCCUUCACCUGCAGAUGAGUUUAGAAAACUCACCAAGUUCUGAUGCUGAUGUCACUUUCUCAAUCCUUGCAAUGAACAAUUGGUAUAAUUUCAGCCUGGUGCUAUGCCAGGAAGAGUGGAACAUCACGGAUUUUCUCUUCCUCACACAACAGAGCUCCAAGUUCCACCUGGAAUCCAUUAUAAACAUCACAGCAAACCUCACUUCAGCCAGCAACCUGCUGAACUACUUACAGUUUUACCUGGAGAGCAUCAAAGACACAACAUCUACCAUGGUGAUGUUUGGAUGUGACAUGGAAAAAACACAAAGGAUUUUUGAAAUAACUACCCAGUUUGGUGUGAUGCCUCCAGAACUUCACUGGAUUAUUGGGGAUUCACAGAAUGUGGAAGAACUCAGGACAGAAGGUUUGCCACUUGGUCUCAUCGCUCAUGGCAAGACAACACAGUCAGUCUUUGAGCAUUAUGUACAGGAUGCAAUGGAGCUGGUAGCAAGAGCUGUAGCAGCAGCCAGCAUGAUUCAACCUGAACUGGCUCUUAUUCCAAGUACAAUGAACUGCAUGGACACAGAUGAAAGGAAUAUCACUUCAGGGCAGUAUUUGUCAAAGUUUUUAGCCAACACAACUUUUGACGGUCUCAGUGGCCACAUUAAGGUGAAAGGCUCCUCCAUUGUCAGCUCAGAAAACAACUUCUUCAUCUGGAAUCUGCAGCAUGACCCUGUUGGGAACCCAAUGUGGACUCGUCUGGGAAGCUGGCAAGAAGGAAAGAUAAUAAUGGACUAUGGGAUAUGGCCAGAACAGGCCCAGAGGCAUAAAAAUCACAUGCAACAUCCCACCCGGCUGCACCUCAGAGUGGUGACUCUCAUUGAGCAUCCAUUUGUCUUUACAAGAGAUGUAGAUGAUGAAGGUCUUUGCCCAGCAGGGCAGCUGUGCCUGGAUCCUUUGACCAAUGAUUCAGCUGUGCUGGAUAACCUGUUUGAAAUACUUCGAGGAGGGAAUGACACGAUUCCCAUUGAGUUGAAGAAGUGCUGCUAUGGCUACUGCAUUGACCUGCUGGAGAAGCUAGCUGAGGAUAUGAAUUUUGAUUUUGACUUGUACAUUGUCGGUGAUGGAAAAUACGGAGCCUGGAAGAAUGGCCACUGGACAGGGCUGGUGGGAGACCUUCUUGCUGGCACAGCUCACAUGGCAGUGACAUCAUUUAGCAUUAACACUGCCCGCAGCCAAGUGAUUGAUUUCACCAGCCCUUUCUUUUCUACCAGCUUGGGCAUCUUGGUGAGGACCAAAGACACAGCAGCUCCUAUUGGAGCUUUUAUGUGGCCACUUCACUGGACUAUGUGGCUGGGGAUAUUUGUUGCUUUGCACAUCACAGCGAUAUUCCUCACCUUAUAUGAGUGGAAAAGUCCUUUUGGGAUGACCCCGAAGGGAAGGAACAGGAACAAAGUCUUCUCUUUCUCCUCUGCUCUGAAUGUCUGCUAUGCAAUCCUGUUUGGAAGAACAGCUGCCAUCAAACCCCCCAAGUGCUGGACUGGAAGGUUUUUAAUGAAUCUCUGGGCUAUUUUCUGUCUGUUUUGUUUGUCCACAUACACAGCAAACCUGGCUGCUGUCAUGGUAGGAGAGAAGAUCUAUGAAGAGCUGUCUGGAAUACAUGACCCAAAGCUCCACCACCCAUCCCAAGGGUUUCGGUUUGGAACCGUGCGAGAAAGCAGCGCAGAAGACUAUGUGAGGCAAAGCUUCCCAGAGAUGCACGAGUACAUGAGACGGUACAAUGUCCCUGCAACCCCAGAUGGAGUGGCAUAUCUAAAGCAUGAUCCAGAGAAACUCGAUGCCUUCAUCAUGGAUAAAGCACUUUUAGAUUAUGAAGUAUCAAUAGAUGCUGACUGCAAGCUUCUAACUGUGGGGAAACCGUUUGCCAUUGAAGGAUAUGGUAUUGGUCUUCCCCCCAAUUCUCCACUCACCUCAAACAUCUCUGACCUGAUAAGUCAGUACAAGUCCCAUGGUUUCAUGGAUGUUCUGCAUGACAAAUGGUACAAGGUUGUUCCAUGUGGGAAAAGAAGCUUUGCUGUCACGGAGACGCUCCAGAUGGGGAUCAAACAUUUUUCUGGGCUCUUCGUAAUGCUGUGCAUUGGCCUUGGUUUAUCCAUUCUGACUACCAUUGGGGAACACAUUGUGUACAGACUGGUCUUACCACGAAUCAAGAAGAAAUCCAAGAUGAAAUACUGGCUCCAUACAAGUCAGAGAUUACAUCGUGCUCUGAACAGUUCAUUUAUUGAAGACAAGCGCCAGCAUAAGAAAAAACGAGUAGAAAAGAGGUCCCAUGUAGGGAACAGCCAGCAUGCUGUGUGGAAUACAGCCAAUCUGGGCAACAGCCACCGGAAAAAAUAUAUCUGCACUGACGAGGGGCAAAAUGAGGUGGUGAUCCAACAGCACCAAGACAUCCCGUUGCCACCAGUGAAGAGAGAGACUCCAGCUUCCUUAACAACCAACGGGAAAGCAGAGUCCCUCAAUAUUGGUAGGAUGUCAGUGGUGGAAGAGCUAACAGAGCUGGAGAAGCAGAUCGAAAUCAUCAAGCAGGAGCUGCAACUCGCCAUGGACAGGAAAUCAGAGCUGGAAGAGUAUCAGAGGACAAACAGGACUGCAGAGCCCUAGGCUAGCAUACCUGGGCCCUUUCCCCUUUCUCCCCUUCUUCUGUAAAAUUUGUAACACACUUUUAUAAUGCCAGAAAGAGGUGCAACAAUAAAGCAGGCAAUAUGCUCUUCAUGAGAGCAGAAUCACAGCAGCCCACAGCCACCCUACUGAAUCCUCCUCCUUCCAUAACAAGUUUAUCAUUCUCCUGGCAAAUAUCAGCCAUUCCCAAGAAACUGGAGAAAUAAGGAGCAUCCAAACAGCAAGAGUUCCUUGUUCCUCCACUUGACAGUAUAGCAAGGUUUCCAUUUUUCUAGCCCUUUCUGUGCAUGAAUUAAAAAAAAAAAAAAGAAAAAAAAAGGAAAUUUAAACUGCUCAUUGGAAGCAUGUCCCUUGUUGGUACAUUUUUGUUGUGGUAUCUAUGGGUCUAGUCUCUGUUCAUGCUAAGGCUCCUUAUGUUUGCCUCAUUACACCAGGUGCUAGUUCUGUGUUGGCAAUCCCUCCCCUCCUAGCACAUGCUGUGGUUUCAUGAGACAAAUUCUUGGUGGCAAUCCCAGUACACACCAUUCCCUCAGUUAUGUCAGCACAAAUGCAGAUGUGGCUGCUCUGUAACUGUGAUAAAGGAACUCACCCAGCUUAAAAAUAACUUGACAAAAACCAAACCACCACCUCUGCCUAUUUCUGAGCCCAGGUUUGGCUUCCACUGCCACCCAGCGAGAAGCCAUGCAAACAGCUGCACCAGCCAGUGUGAGGGGAUGGGUUCUCAGUGGCACAGAGCAAAGAUGAUGGAAAGGGAGGAUGGCAGUACUGUACAUCAGUAUUUACUACCCAAAGUGAAGUAUCUAACAAUAUGAAACCACUGCCUUGUAUUUUCUGUCUUCAGCAGACAGUAAGGUUCUUCCUCACAGCCAAAGUGACAUAGAGGGGCUCUGGUCCAUGACUUAUUUUGACUCCAAGCUCCCACCAAAAUCAAGGGGAGUCACACCGAAGUCUCCCUGUGGGCCAGGGCUCACUUUGAAAAAGAACAAGAGUUGUGGUUUCAAAGCCUAUGUACUGAGUGGAGCUCCCUUCCACCUGGAUGAUGAUUAGAGGGGAAGGAAGGGUAAGCUGUUCAGCAUCUGAAUAAAUACUGUAUUAACCCAA